AUGCCAUUAUAUGCAAAGUUUCUUAAAGAUCUGAUCACCAAGAAGAGAAGUUGGCAAGAAAAAGAAACAGUGGUUCUCACUCAAGAGUGCAGCGCCAUCAUUCAAAAGGGGUUGCCACCAAAACUUAAAGAUCUAGGCAGCUUCCUCAUACCUUGCACAAUUGGGAAUAUAGCCAUUGAUAAUUCACUUUGUAACCUGGGAGCAAGCAUUAACUUAAUGCCUCUUACCAUGAUGAAGAAAAUGAUGAUUGAGGAGCUUAAACCCACAAGGAUGUCACUCCAACUAGCUGACAGAUCCAUCAAAAUACCAAAUGGUGUAGUUGAGAACCUCUUGGUGAAAGUGAGAAAUUUUAUAUUCCCAGCCGAUUUUGUAGUCCUAGAUAUGGAUGAAGAGGGGAGAAACUCAAUUAUUCUUGGUAGACCCUUUUUGGCCACAGCUAGAACAAUCAUUGAUGUGGAAAAGGGAGAGAUGAUCUUCGGAGUACAUGAUGAGCAAAUGACCAUUAAUGUCUUCAAGGUAAUGCAAUAUCCCACUAAGAAAGAGAGUUGCAUGAGAAUUGAUAUAGUGGAUACAUUGUUUGAGGAAGUGUUUGAAGCAAACCAUCAAGUGAAACAGGAGGAAGUCCAGGACAUCCGAGAAUAA